AUGGCCGAGGUCAACGCGGAUGAUUGCUCACUUGGGGGUCUGCCGUUCGGCCCUCCAACCGGUGGCGCCAUCUCCCUCACCGGCCUAGAAAACCUCUCCUCCAGUGAAAAAUCCGCUCGCAUUGCCGCCGUGGUCAGCGACAUUUACGCUUCUAUAAUUUUCAUCUCGCGACACGUGAAAGCCGGUACCUUGACCAAACACCACUGCAAGCCGCUUUACAAUUUCAUGGACAACAUCAUCACAACGGAGCGGAAGCAGAAGCGCAAAGUGGUGCGGGAGCUGAGGAGGCAGGAUGGACGGAUGGAGAGGAUGGCAAGCCGCCAUCAGAGGGAUGUCGAGAAGCUGUUGGGGUUAGCGAGGAGUGCAAUUAUGCAUUUGCGGCGGAGCAUGGAGAGGCUGCAGAUGGAGUUGGAUGAGUUGAAGGGGAAGCGAAGGAUUGACCUUGGGGAUAUCGAGAAAAGACUGCCUGUGAAGAUGGCUGAUGAGACUGGUCCGGUCGGCACGGAUGAGUUGAAGAACGGGGCUGAGGAGGUGGCAUGCCCGGGAGACAAACAAGUUGAGGAUGAAUGUCGAGUACGGUCUCCCCUGAAUCCUGAUGUUUCGGAGACGGCGUAA